AUGAAUAUCCCAAACACAACCAUCGCUUCAAUGGAUGCCAACACUCACUCCAGCGGCGCAUCUAAUGGACGCACUCUCGAGGAUGUGGUCAACCAUUUGCACGCAAACCACGAGACGAAGAAUGAGUGCUCAACGGAUCCGAUGGACAGUAAAGAGGAAACCAAUGAUGCGAUCAAUGAUGGCAUCGAUGGCAACACAAGCACUCAUACCAAUGGCGCCAACGCUUCCCAAUCCACAAGUGAUUUGAAUGGUGACCAAAAUGUCACCACAAAUGAAGACAAUAAUCACAACGAAAACAAUGCAAACAAUACUGAAGUGAAUGCCGAAAGCAAUGGAUCUACAAAUGAUUCCAACGAUUCUAAUGACAAGUUCUUGGCCUUCGAUGACGACGACGAAGAGGACAAUCUGUUGAGUUAUGAUCCGACGCCUGACACCUCUUAUCCAUCGGUUAAAUGGCAUUCAUUACAACAAUUACAACAACGAGAAUACGGAAAACUUAUGAGGCCUGGAAAUAGCCGUCCAAUCAAUUCAUAUGAAUCGCAGGCGUUUCGCAGAUAUGCAUACAAUUCGUUGUAUUUCUUUCAAAGACUUGAAUUAAUGUCUAAAUUUGAAGAACACACAGGUUGUGUGAAUUGUCUGAAUUUCAACAACUGUGGCGAUCGUCUGAUAUCGGGAAGUGAUGACUUGCGAGUGGCCGUCUGGGACUGGCAGAAGUCACAUCUCAUUCACAAAUAUCACACCGGUCACUCGUCAAACGUGUUUCAGUGCCGGUGGUGUGCAGACCAACACCAUAUCGUGAGCUGUGCCCGCGAUGGUCAGGUCAGGAUAUGCAACGUUAACCGCAACGGUAGCACUGUAUCCAACAAAUUGGCGCAACACAAGGGGGCCGUCCAUAAACUCACUCUCACUGCACCACAAGUCAUACUCAGUUGCGGCGAAGACAGCGUUGUCUUCGAGAUUGAUCUCCGAGACAACAAACCCACCAAACUAUUGAAUGUCAAGAAUGCCAGCCAACAAAGGGUACCCCUAUAUUCAGUUCACGCAAAUAUGGUGUUUAAUCCGUUACAGUUUGCGGUCUCCGGAAGGGAUCCAUUCGUUCGCAUAUAUGACCGCAGAUUUCUUCCCAUUAGCGAACCGAACGGAACUGCGAAUCCAGUGUUAAGUAUUUGUCCCGAAAAGUUGAAGCAAACGAAACAUUCGGUCACUUGUUGUCAAUUUAACUCAACGGCUGAUAAACUAUUGGCCACUUAUAAC